UUCAAAACAAAUACUAAAGUUUCUCUAUUCUUAACAAUGGCAACUGAUCAAAAAUACCAACAAUCAUAUCCUUUAGCCCCAUCAAAUUUUAUGCCGAGAAGUGAUGCAGAAUCAUUAGCCAAUUUCCAAGCCAAUAAUAUCAAGAGGAAAAACAAAAUCAGAAAUAUUUUAUUCUUCACAUUGUUCGUAACUGGAAUCGUUCUUCUAUUUUCUCUCAUAUUUGUUCGAAUCAAAUCACCUCAAAUCUGGCUCGAAAACAUCAGAGUCACGAACGAUAGUGAUGGCAAUAAUAUUAAUUUUUCUGCACAAGUUUUUGUGAGAAAUCAUAAUUAUUGGCGUUACGAAUUUGAUAGUAGUUUAGCUACUAUUACUUCAGGUAGUGUGACUAUUGGCCAAUUUAUUAUUCCUGAAACAGAGGUAAGACGUCGUUCGACGAAAAAAUUAUAUAUUAAUGCAAAUAUUGUCACAUUUGCAAGACAAGGAGUCAAUAAUACUAACGGGAUUUUGCCAGUGACUAGCCUGGCUAAGAUAAGAGGGGAAUUGCAGAUUUUUAGGGUAUUUAGGAGGAAGAAAUCUGCAGAUUUGAGUUGUACUAUGAAUAUUAAUUUGACUAUAAGUGCUAUUCAAGAUCUUGAUUGCAAGUGAGACUGAAAAAAGGAUUAUUGUGAAUUAUUACCAAAGCUUCAGUUUUGCAUCUAUACUUUCUUUUGAUUCAGUAUUUGAAUAAUAUUUUUUUCAUUGGGAA